AUGAAUUCGUCUACUGAAGCCGUCAAUGCCACGGCCGAGACUUUGUUCAACGGCGCUGCAGGGAAGCAGUUCUCAUUCAUGUACUCCAGCGUUGCACCAGCAAAGCACAUUGUUCCAAGACCUUCCUUGGUAGAAGGUAUCCCUGACGGUAUCUUGGCCCUGAUUGCUCCAGUGGUCGCAUACUGGGUUGUCUCCGGGUUCUUCCACUUGUUGGACACUUUCAACUUGGCAGAGAAGUACAGGAUCCAUCCAAGUGCCGAGGUUAAAUCCAGAAACAAGGCCGGGAGAUUGGAGGUCUUAAGAGAGGUUAUCCUACAACACUGUAUCCAAACGCUUUUCGGUCUCACUGCGUACAAAUUUGACGCGGAAUCAGUUACCGGGUUCGAGGCCUAUGAGAUGUGGCACCUGAAGAAGGACAUAUACUCCUUCAUUGGGCCACAGUUUGCGUCCAUGAUUAAGGACCAAUGGAUCGUGCUUUUCUACAAGUACGGGCUGUCCCUAAUCAAGUUGUCUCUUGCCUUCAUUUUCGUCGACACAUGGCAGUUCUUCCUGCAUUACCUAAUGCACUACUCCUCCACUCUGUACAAGAAGUUCCACUCCAGACACCACCAGUUGUACGUCCCAUACGCCUACGGUGCGCUGUUCAACGCCCCCACUGAGGGGUUCCUUUUGGACACCCUUGGAACCGGUAUCGCCAUGAUCGUCACUCGCUUGAGUCCCAGAGAGCAAAUCGUCCUAUUCACGUUCGCUACCAUGAAGACCGUCGACGACCACUGCGGAUACGUUCUGCCAUUCGACCCAUUCCAAAUCUUCUUCCCCAACAACGCCGUCUACCACGACAUCCACCACCAGGAGUGGGGGUUGAAGAGUAAUUUCGCUCAACCUUUCUUCACUUUCUGGGACACCGUGUUCGGCACCAGAUUCCCAGCUCUAAAGGAGAUGAACACCAAGAAGGUCAACAUCCACCAGUACAAGCAGUUCUUGCUGAACAGAGACGAGGAGAGAAAGGUCAAAUUGGAGAAAAUGAAGAAAGUCUUGGAGAAGGACGAUGAAUGA